AUGGCUUACUCAAGAUGUGUCUUUUACUUUAGUAUAAUGCUGAAAAAAUAUCAGCACACCCUAGCCUUGGCAUUUGCAGUGAAUGAAAUCAAUGGAAACAGCAUGAUCUUACCCAAUAGAACUCUGGGAUUUCAUGUCUAUGAUAGCCACUUUGAUGCCCAGAUAACUUUUCAGAACACACUGAACCUGCUCUUUAAUCAGAAGCCAACUAUUCUCAACUACAACUGCAGCAAGAAGAUACCAGCAGCUGUCAUUGGGGGUACUGACUCGGAAACUUCCCUUCACAUAGCUACUAUCUUAGGGAUCUACAAGAUUCCUCAGGUCACCUAUUGUUUAUAUACUCCACCAGUGAAUGAUAUAAGCCACCCAUCUUUCUUAUAUCGCAUGGUACCAAAUGAAGCACAUCAGUAUACUGGGAUUGUCCAGCUGUUGCUUCAUUUUCAAUGGAAGUGGAUUGGGAUCAUGGCCAUGGAUGAUGAUAAAGGAGAAACGUUUGUGCAGACCUUGGAAAAAAGUUUUUCUGAUAAUGGAAUCUGUAUUGCCUUCACUGAACGAAUGCCACUCCAAAGCAACAUUUUAGAUGUUCUUGAUAAUUUCAAUGACAUCUUAAGACAGAUGGCCCUGUUGCUGAGUAAAGCAAAUGUCAAUGUUUGUGUUAUAAGUGCUGAUGCUCACAUGAUGUUAGAUUUGCAGAUAGUGCUCAAUCUUGCCAAAUCAGACAUGAUGCUGCCUGUUCAGAAGGUAUGGGUGAUGACAGCCCAUUGGGAUUUUUCAGUGGAGCCCUUUUUAAAUAAUUUAAAUAUGCAGAUCUUCCAUGGUGCCUUGUCCUUUGCAAGUCACACCUCUGAGAUGUCAGCAUUUCAGAAUUUCCUUCUCUUCCAGGACCCCUAUUCUCUUACCGAUCAUUUUAUCAGAGUCUUCUGGGAACAAGCAUUUAAAUGCUCAUUUCCAGCUUCUGCAAUAGACAUGAAGAACCAGGGAAGCUGCACUGGCAGUGAGAAACUAGAAAACCUCUCACACCCUUUUUUUGAAAUGAGCAUGACUAGUCAAAGCUACAGUGUUUAUAAUGCUGUUUAUGCUGUGGUGCACGCUUUGCAUACAUUAUAUUCAUCCAAAGAGAAAUAUGGAGCAGUGUUGGUUAGAGAUCAUCCAAGGACUUCUAAAAGACAAUAUUUUCAGGAUUCUCAUGCUAUAUAUAAUGCAUUACUGUGCAUUCCCAAAGGAGAUACAGUGAAGCUUUACCAUUUCCUAAGUCAAGUCUCCUUUAAUAACAGUGCCGGAGACAAGGUGUCUUUUGACAAGAAGGGUGAAUUGCUAGCUGGAUUUGACAUUAUCAACUGGGUUACUUUCUCUAACAAAUCCUUUGUGAAAGUAAAAGUGGGACAAAUGGAUCCUCAAGCACCCUCAGGCAGAAAGUUCUCCAUCAAUGAAAGAAAAAUCACAUGGCCGACCCAUUUUAACCAGACAAUACCUCUUGCUCUGUGCAAUGAUCAUUGCCCACCAGGUUCCAGAAAGAAAAGGAAGGAAGGGGAGCCAUUUUGUUGUUAUGAUUGCACUACUUGUCCAUCAAGAAAGUUUUCAAAUGAAAGAGAUAUGGAUGACUGCUUAGACUGUCCAGAAGAACAAUAUCCAAACAAGGAAAAAAAUAUCUGCAUUCCCAAGAAUCUAAAUUUCUUGUCUUAUAAUGAAACUUUAGGCAUCACUUUGACUUUUCUGUCUUUAUCAUUUUCUGUGACCACAGUGGUGGUACUUGGAAUUUUCAUAAAACAUCGGAAUACUCCCAUUGUCAAAGCUAACAACCGGAAUCUCACUUAUCUUCUCCUUGUUUCCCUCUUCCUCUGCUUCCUCUGUUCCUUGCUAUUCAUUGGUCAACCCCAAUUGCUGACCUGUCUUCUUCGCCAAAUUGCUUUUGGGAUCAUCUUCUCAGUUGCUGUUUCUUCAGUUUUGGCCAAAACCAUCACAGUGGUUCUAGCUUUUAUGGCCACUAAGCCAGGAUCAAAAAUGAAAAAAUGGGUGGGGAAAAGAUUUUCCAACUCUCUGAUUCUCUGUUGUUCCUGCAUUCAAGCAAGUAUUUGCAUACUGUGGCUGUGUACUAGCCCUCCCUUCCCAAAUCUGGACAUGCAUUCUCUUCCAGAAGAGAUUGUAGUCACAUGUAAUGAAGGAUCAGGCAACAUGUUCUAUUAUAUUUUAGGCUAUAUGGGAUUGCUGGCUCUUAUCAGUUACAUUGUGGCUUUCUUUGCUCGGAAGCUGCCAGACACUUUUAAUGAAGCCAAAUUUAUUGCUUUCAGCAUGCUGGUGUUCUGUAGCGUAUGGGUGUCUUUUGUCCCAACUUAUCUGAGCACCAAAGGAAAAUACAUGGUAGCUGUGGAGAUCUUCUCCAUCUUGGCUUCCAGUAUAGGAAUAUUGGGAUCUUUAUUUUUCCCUAAAUGUUACAUAAUUGUACUGAGGCCAGAACUCAAUACAAAGGAGCACUUAAAAACAAAAAAUUAA